AUGCGUGGAAACGAGCCCGCUGGGCCGGUUUUAGUGGAAGAAUGGUGGAGCCGGCAGGAUCGUCUGUUGCUUUCCAGUCAGCCGGAUGCGGCACCGAAGGGCCCGUGGGCUCGAGCUUCCCAGCCCCCUGGAGAGGUGGCGGCGGCCGUGCGAAUCCAGGCAUUCUUCCGCGGUCGCCUGGGGCGGCUGAGAGCCCAGCAGUGGCGCCAGCGCGUGGCGCAGGAACGCCUGGAGGAGGAGCAUCGUCGGAAGACGGAGGAGCGGAAGCGGCAGGCUGCGGGGCGCUGCGGGGCCCUGGGGAGGGCGGGUGAUGUGGCCGGUGGCUGGGGUGGAAGCAGUCAAGCUCUCAAGGCGGCAGAGGAGGCACGGAAGCAGAAGGAACAGCAAAAGGAGCUGCUGAAAGAGCAGCAGCUGAAGGAUUUCCGUGAGAGGGUCUGCACUGUCGAGCAGAUGAAGUGGCAUCCCGACAAGUGGGCCCUACAGGGCGAGCGCUGCACGGCGGUGGCCACCGACGUGGCCAAGCACCUGGUGGCCGCCUACGAGAGCGCCGCCUACGAGCUGCCGGCGCCGUGGAGUCAUGGGAGGGGUGGCGGUGCCGAGGAUGAAGAGGAGGAUCGGGAGUGUCAGGAGUUUGCUAGUUGGGUCGGCGUCUCCUUCAAAGGGAUGGAAGAGGUCUGGAAGCAAAGACGUGGCGUGAAGCGAUGA